AUGAGUGAUUAUUCCAACCAGAACUCGCAAAAUUUUAGUCAAUCGUCAGCAUUUGCAGCCGCUUUACAGAGAGCUAAACAAAUUGCCGCUAAGAUACACCCGGGAGGUCACCAGCAGCAGCAGCAGCCGCACCAACCAGUGAAGAGACCACACGACGAUCACGAUUCGGGGCCAGAAUUGAAAAAGUUCGGUGGACAGUCUGAUUACAAUAAUGCUAGCUCGCCUACUGGCAUGAGUCAGGCUGCAAUGCAAGCCGCCGCCCAAGCUGCAGCAGUAGCCGCCCGUCUGUCGCAGAACAACAGCAGCAAUAACCAGAACAACUUCAACGCUCCUAACGCUCCCGGAGGCGGUGGAUCGCAGGACCCGAACCAACGCGUGCGCGAACUAAUCAGCAAGAUGGUAAACCACGGCCCAAUGGACAACGGCAAUCAUCCCGGUCAGGGUGGUGGAGGUGGUGGCGGCGGCGGUGGUGGCGGAGGCCGUGGAGGUGGUGGUGGUGGUGGCGGCUUCAGCACAUAUCAGGAGAUGAUGAUUCCUGGUUCGAAAGUGGGUCUGAUCAUUGGCAAGGGUGGUGAAACAAUUAAACAGCUGCAGGAAAAGACGGGCGCCAAGAUGGUGAUCAUACAGGAUGGACCGGGUCAGGAGAUGGAGAAGCCACUGCGUAUUUCCGGCGACCCGCAGAAGGUGGAACAGGCGAAGCAGUUGGUGUAUGAGCUGAUCCAGGAAAAGGAUGCGUAUUCGCAGCGACCGAACAUGAAUGGCGCUGAACAGGCGGAAGUGUUCGUACCGAAGGCGGCCGUCGGGGUGGUAAUCGGCAAGGGUGGUGAGAUGAUCAAGAAGAUUCAAGGCGAAUCGGGCUGCAAGCUUCAGUUCAUGCAGAGCCGUGGAGAUGGUCCGGGUGAUCGGCGCUGCAUUGUACAAGGGUCGAAGGCACAGGUCGAGGAAGGAAAACGAAUGAUCGAGGAUCUGAUCGACAGUGUGCUGCGCCGUGAACAGCAGGGUGGUGGAGGUGGCCGCGGAGGAGGCGGAGGUGGUGAUGGUGGUGGUCACGGACGCGGUGGCAUGGGAGGUAACCCGAAUCAGGAUAAUAACUACAAUAACUACAAUGGACCGCAGGUGACGAGGUUGGAGUACACCUUCACUGUACCGGUAUCGAAAUGUGGUAUAAUCAUCGGACGCGGUGGGGAUACGAUCAAACAGAUUAAUCAGCAGUCCGGUGCACACACGGAGAUGGACCGAAAGGCGUCACAGAAUCAGACGACGGAAAAAACAUUUACCUGCAAGGGUGAACAGCAUCAGGUGGACGAGGCGAAGCGAUUGAUUCAGGAUAAAAUCAACAUGGAGAUUAACAUGGUGUACGUCGGCUCCACGUCCGUGCCGGUCAAUCAGUACCAGAACAAUGGCGCUGGGGGUGGUGGUGGAGGCGGUGGUCCCAACGCAUACCAGCAAGGUGGUUGGGGUGGCGGUUAUCAAUCGCAGGGUGGUUGGGAACAUCAACAAUCGGCCCAAGUAAAUGCAGCAUCAGCCGCGGCAGCGGCUGCAGCAGCGGCAGCGCAACAACAGCAUCAACCGCAGGCAGAUUACUCGCAACAAUGGAUCGAGUAUUAUAAGCAAAUGGGAAUGCUUAGGGAGGCGGAAGUAAUUGAGCAACAGCUUAAAGCACGUCAGGCAGCCCAAGGAACGAUGGCAGCUAAUCAAAAUGUGCAAGGUCAAACAGUGAUGGGUGCCGCAGGAGCCGGAGCCCCACAACAACAGGCGCAACCGCAACAGCAACAAGUUGGCGGCCAGGCAGACUACAGUGCAGAAUGGGCUGAAUACUAUCGAAAGAUCGGCAAAAUCGAGGAAGCGGAAGCAAUCGAGAAACAGAUCAAUGCAAACAAGCCCUUGCAAGCACAGGCCGUUGCGGCAGCGGCAGCAGUAGCGGCGGCAACCGGUGGUAAUCAACCCGGUGGACCGGGAGGUGCUGGCAACGGGCCAUAUGGAGGCGGCGGAGGCCCACAGCAGCAGGGACCUGGCGGCUAUGGCGGACAACAGUACCAGCAGUACUACGGCGGUGGUGGUGGUGGAGGUGGUGGCGGUGGUGGUGGCGGUGGUCAACCGGGAUACGCAGGCUAUCCGUACGGUGGAGGAUAUCCAGGACCGGGCGGUGGAGGGCCCCAAAACCAAUCGAAUGCAUCUAAUCAGGACAAGAAUUAA